AUGUCGCCAUCUAUUGCGUGCUCAUCGUGCUCGACGUCGUCCUCGCUGCCAAUGGACUCCCCUGCGCGAUGCAACAGCCCAGAAGGCUGGGGCCCGGUCUCGGCAGCCCGCCCAUUCGAUCUUACACCCUGCUUCGAGGAAGGCAUCCUUCUCUCCACGCUCCUUGUCCUCUUCGUCGUCGCGGGUGCGUUCCGGUGCUGGGCAUUACGACGUUGGGAAGUAUUGCCAAGGUGUCGAAGGAGCCUGUGGGUGCUGAGGGCCAAGCUCAUCCUCCUCGCUCUCGCGUGCGCGGCGAGCUGUGCGAACCUAAUCUUUGUGGUCGUCACCCACAGACCGGUCGCGGUUAUUCAGAGCUAUGUUCUCGACAUUCUAGCGUUGUUCGUCGCGCCCUUUCUCACCUACCUCAAUCACCACCGGACGCGUUCUUCCUCCACGCUCCUGCUCCUCUUCUGGCCUUUUCACACUGCGUGUACACUCAUAUGGUGUAGAACAGUAGCGGUAACCUCGCUAUAUGCUUUCGUGCCUGUCCUUGCUCUGAAAUGCGCGGCUACCACCCUCGGACUCGCCGCAUUUACCCUAGAGAACCUUGGAGUAGAGUUCUCACCUGAAGACAAGCCACAAAGCGCCGAGAAAGACCAUGUAGAGAGCCCGUUGCUCACGGCGAACGUCUUCAGCGUGUGGACGUUCGCGUGGAUGUCCGACCUCAUGAAGAAAGGUGCGAAGACCUACAUCACGGAGGAUGAUCUACCCUCGCUCGUGCCUAAGGAUGAGGCUGCGAAUCUCGGUCGGAAGCUGCAGCAUGCCCUGCAGAAACACAAGGGACUUUGGAUGUCGCUCUUUGUCGCGUACGGACGGUCCUAUGCUUUCGCAGCGCUCCUCAAAAUCAUCCAGGACUGCCUUGUUUUCUUGCAGCCGCAACUCCUUCGCUGGCUCCUUGCAUACAUAUCAGAAUACCAGAUCGCGCGCGCGUCAGGGCGCGAGCGACCGAGUGAGCUCGAGGGCUUCGCCGUUGCCGUGAUCAUGUUCUGCGCGUCUGUGGUACAGACGAUAUUCCUGCACCAGUACUUCCAACGGUGCUUUGAGACGGGUAUGCGCGUGCGUGCGGGCCUCGUGGGUGUCAUCUACCAGAAGGCACUUGUGCUCUCGAACGACGGGCGCGGACGCGCUUCAGGGGACAUCGUCAACCUCAUGUCGGUCGACACGACGCGUCUGCAAGAUCUCUGCACGUAUGGCCUUAUCUCCAUCUCCGGGCCUUCCAGGUCAGUUUCCACAAGUAUCACGCUUGCGUUUAUCUCGCUGUACAACAUCCUUGGCUGGGCGGCGUUUGUCGGCGUCGCCAUCAUGAUUGUCUCCAUCCCGCUGAACACGCUCAUGGCACGGUUGCUCAAGAAGCUGCAGGAGCGCCAGAUGAAAAACAGGGACAAGCGGACGAGGCUGAUGAGCGAGUUGCUGGCGAACAUCCGGAGCAUCAAGUUGUAUGCGUGGGAGAACGCGUUCAUUCGUUGGAUCAUGCAGGUGAGGAACGAGCAGGAGCUGAAGAUGCUCAGGAAAAUUGGCAUCGUCACUUCUCUUAACACAUCCCUCUGGGGAGGCAUCCCACUACUUGUUGCCUUCAGCUCCUUCGCGGUCGCGUCUGUAACAUCAGACACGCCAUUGACCUCCGAUAGGAUCUUCCCCUCGAUCUCCCUCUUCAUGCUCCUCAGCUUCCCGCUAGCCAUGUUCAGCCAAGUCACCUCGAAUAUCAUCGAAGCCCUCGUCUCCGUCCGGCGUCUCUCCGACUUCCUGAGCGCGGACGAGCUGCAGCCUGACGCGCGCGAGCUCGUGACGAAUGCCAAGCUCCAGCUCGGCGACGAGGUGCUCGCGAUCGAGGACGGCGAGUUCUACUGGAGCAAGGAUGCGCCCCAACCCACGCUGGAGGACGUAAACUUGACCGUGCGGAAGGGCGAACUGGUGGGCGUCCUCGGGCGCGUCGGGGCAGGGAAGACAAGCUUGUGUUCGGCGAUCAUUGGGGAGAUGAUGCGUACAGAGGGUGAAAAUCCGUGGAUCAUGAGCGCGACGAUUCGGGACAAUAUCUUGUUCUCUCAUGUGUAUGACCCCGAGUUCUACGAGCUGGUGUUGGAUGCUUGCGCACUGCGACAGGAUCUAGCAUUGUUGCCAAACGGCGAUUUGACCGAGGUCGGUGAGAAGGGUAUCACGUUGAGUGGCGGUCAGCGGGCACGCGUUGCGCUUGCGCGUGCUGUCUAUGCUAGAGCGGAUCUAAUCAUUUUAGACGACGUCCUCGCUGCAGUAGAUGCACAUGUUGCACGUCAUGUCUUUGAUAAUGUUAUCGGACCUCAUGGUCUCCUUGCAACGAAAGCUAGAAUUGUCGUCACGAACAGCAUACACUUCCUCAAGCAAUUUGAUAAGAUACUGUACAUCCGCAGAGGCAUAAUUCUCGAAACCGGAACUUAUCACGAUUUAGUCAACAACUCGGAUACUCAAUUGUAUUCACUGAUAAACGGCCAUGGCAGCCUAACGACCUCGGGGAUGUCGACGCCCUUCCUGGGAGACACUGCAACUCCGUCUUCCGAAGGCGACACUGCGGUGGACUUUUCUCGUUCCCUCACAGAAGAGAAGCUUGAAACUGUCGACACCAAACUUGAGCGCCGGAAGAGCUUUUGCAAGGCAACACUCAUAGAUAAUCUGCCGACGCGCACCGUCUCGGAUGGGAUAACGAAGGAGCAUAGCGAACAGGGCCGCGUCAAGGCUGAUGUCUACCUCCAGUACAUCAAGGCUGCCUCUAAGACCGGCUUCACGUUCUUUGUAGUCUGCAUGGUGCUCCAGCAGGUCACCUCGGUGCUCGGCAACAACACGUUGCGUGCCUGGGGCGAGCAUAACCUGACCACCGGCUCAAACAAAGAUGCGUUCUGGUAUUUGAUGAUGUAUGGCCUAUAUUCGUUGGCAUCGAAUCUCCUCGGAACUGUUGCGGCCAUCUUGAUGUGGGUCUUGUGUUCAGUGCGCAGCUCUAGGCUUCUGCAUGAUUCCAUGCUCAACGCCGUUAUGCGGGCCCCAUUGAACUUCUUUGAACUUACUCCUACCGGCCGGAUCCUCAACCUCUUCUCGCGAGAUACAUACGUCGUGGAUCAAAUCAUUGCCAGGGUCAUGCAGAACACCAUUAGGACAGCGUGCACCACCGCAAUCAUCGUCCUCGUCAUCGGGGCGAGCUUCCCGCUUUUCCUAAUUGCUGUGCCGCCCUUGGCUUGGUUCUACAUUCGCGUGAUGAUUUACUAUCUCUCGACGUCGCGGGAGCUCAAGCGACUAGAUGCUGUUUCUCGUUCGCCGAUCUUCGCUUGGUUCUCAGAAUCGCUCAACGGCCUCUCAACUAUCCGAGCUUUUGGUCAGCAGAACGUGUUCAUACAAAACAAUGAACGCCGUGUCGACCGCAACCAAAUAUGCUACCUGCCCAGCAUCUCCGUCAAUCGCUGGCUUGCAGUUCGCCUCGAAUUUGUGGGUGCCGCGAUCAUAUUCAUUACUGCGACGUUGGCGCUUGUGGCCUUGGUAACGAGCGGGGUCGAUGCGGGUCUUGUCGGCUUCGUGCUGUCCUACGCAUUGAACACGACGGGGUCUCUGAACUGGCUUGUGCGAUCUGCAAGCGAAGUUGAGACGAACAUUGUCAGCGUCGAGCGAAUACUCCAUUACAUCGAGUUGGAGCCAGAAGCUCCAGCAGAGAUUCCCGAUGUUGUCCCGGAGAGCUGGCCGACGAAAGGCAAGAUUGAGUUCAAGGACUACUGUGCGAGGUACCGCCCCGAGCUCGACCUGGCAUUGAAGAACAUCUCUGUCACAAUCAAUCACAGAGAGAAAAUUGGGAUUUGUGGUAGGACUGGAUCCGGGAAGUCUACUCUGCUACUCUCGCUCUUCCGCAUCAUCGAGCCUGCAUCUGGCACAAUAUACCUUGACGGCGUAGACAUCACGAAGAUUGGCCUCCACGAUCUCCGAUCGUCUAUCUCAAUCGUGCCGCAAAGCCCCGACCUGUUUGAGGGCACGAUUCGCCAGAACAUCGACCCAACAGGGGAGCACCAGGAUGCCGACAUUUGGGUCGCGCUCGAACAGGUCAAUCUGAAGGCAUUCGUGGAGUCAUUCCCCGAAGGGUUGGAUGCGCCUGUACGGGAGGGCGGUUCGUCGAUGUCGGCGGGGCAGAGACAGCUACUGUGCUUUGCUCGGGCGCUUCUGCGGAAGUCGAAGGUCCUGGUUUUGGAUGAAGCGACCUCUGCGGUGGACUUGGAUACUGACAAAGCCAUCCAAGACAUUAUCAGAGGUCCUCUAUUUGCGGACGUGACUAUGCUCACCAUUGCGCAUAGAAUCAAUACGAUCAUGGAGUCGGACCGCGUACUGAUCCUCAGCGCCGGCGAGGUCACCGAGUUCGAUUCCCCGAAAAACCUGCUGAGCAACAAGCAGACCGCGUUCUAUUCGCUGGCGGCCGAAGCCGGACUGGCAUGA